AUGGCUGCACCCGCUACCGCUCUGCCAGACCCUGUGGCACAGCCGGACCCACCUUUGGGCAACACGAACCUGUCCCCAGUCUUCGACCCUCAGAAAGUGACUGUUGUGUAUAUCCUCGGUGGCCCAGGCGCCGGCAAGGGCACUCAAUCAGCACAUCUCGUUUCAGACUACGGCUUCACGCAUUUGUCGGCCGGCGACCUACUACGAGAGGAACAAGGCCGAGAAGGUAGCGAAUACGGCGAACUCAUCAAGAGUUACAUUAAAGAAGGUCUCAUCGUACCGAUGGAGGUUACGGUCAAGCUUUUGGAGAACGCUAUGAGGGCCAAGCUUGACAACGAUGGGAAAGGACGGUUCCUCAUUGAUGGCUUCCCUCGAAAGAUGGAUCAGGCCAUGUUUUUUGAGCAAGCUGUGUGCCCCUCCGCAUGCACUGUCUUCCUGGACUGCCCUGAGGAAGUAAUGCGCAAGCGCCUGCUGCACCGUGGGUUGACGAGCGGCCGAGCCGACGACAAUGAGGAAAGUAUUGUAAAACGAUUCAGGACCUUCGUCGAGACCAGCAUGCCAGUGGUCAACUACUUCGAGGAGGAAGACCGAGUUGUCAAGGUGGGUGCUGACAAGGAAGAAGGCGAGGUCUAUGCUGGUGUUAUCAAGGGUUUGGCAGAGAAGGGCAUCAAUCCAACCAAAUGA